AUUUACCCUCACAAUGUUCUUUCAGUCGAUUGGUACCGCUGCCCUCGCAGCCUUGACGCUUGCAUCUCCAACUCUGUCUACCCAGACGUUCGUCAACACCGGCACGUUAUCUGGCUGGUCGACGCAGAACAUCGAAGACAAAGGCAGCAUCAUAAGCGUUACCAAUGUCGUCUACAACGGCACCUCGGCGCUGAAAAUGACGCAGGUCUACGAUUCGUCCUGGACCGGCCGCUUCCACUCAGAAAAGAUAAAGACGCAAGUAUACAAGUUAGGCGAUGAAGGAUUCUACGGAUUCGCGUUCCGACUGCAGGAAAACUGGCAAUCGACGCCUGCACAGUCGUUCAACAUUGGACAGUUCAUUGCCGACUUCACAAAUACCGGCUGCGACGAUUGGAUGCCGUCGAGUAUGGUCUGGGUGAUCGGGGACCAGCUGGCCACGCGCGUCAAGUACGGUAGUAUCUGCAACCAGCAGCUCAAGGAGUGGAAGAACUUAAAGACCGUGACGCCGGGCGAGUGGCAUACGAUCGUCAUCAAUGCAAAUUGGCAGAGCGAUAACACAGGGUACUACCAUAUGUGGUAUGAUGGGGAGAAAGUGGUUAAUGCGACCAAUCUCCCCACGAUGAUUGACGAUAGUCGCGCGUUUGACUUCCAUGUCGGUAUUUACGCAAAUGGGUGGCAUGAUGACAAGGGAAUGAAAGGCACCCAGAGCACCAGGGAGAUCUGGAUUGAUAGUGUUGGUAUUGGCACCACCUUUGCGGAUGCCGAUCCUACGCGUAUCCAGGGUUGAUGAGGGGUAAGAGAAGG